AUGGUCUACGAGACGAUUCAAGAGGAGCCUAGCCAAACCAAUUUCAGUGGCAUGACAAAGGACCAUAAGCUCGACAUGAUCAUCGCUAUUCUUGUGAAAUUGGAGGAAAGAUUAAAAGUGGUAGAGAAGGUCCUGGGAAUUGAAUAUCGCAAAACAGAUGAACAAAGAGAGAGCGAUAAACCAGAGCAGGAGACUCAAGAAAAAAAGAGCCAAGAUAAAGAGUCUAAAUCAGCUCCGAAUUUUAACCUUCUUUCUCCAGAAGGUCCUAGUCAGAAAAAUAAGGAGAAGGAGGGCGGGAUUGAUGACGACAAGGUGGUUAGAAACAAAGAAGAAAAUCCAGAAAUCAUACCACCCUACAGAAGGCCAAGAUCAUCAAGAAAGCCUAAGAAAAAAGCGGUUAGAAUUUCAAAUUCAGAACUUUAUUCGAUAAAUUAUAACCUUUUUUAA